AUGUCCGACAAGAAGUACAAGCGCAUCGACGAGGACCGCUCGCGCCGCUACCCCAUCCACGAGCCCACGAGCGACAUAAAGGAGCUUCAACGCCGCCUCCAGCAGGACCCCCGCUUCAACCCGCCGACGCCGUCCGCGUGGAAGCGUGUCGCGCUCAUCGUCUUCUUGCUCUGCGUCUGCUGGUUCGCCGUCCAGCUCCGCGUGUCCAUGAUCCCCAGGCAGCCGGAGCCGCCCCAGGUCGUCCACGCCAACAGGUACUCGAACGAGUUCAAGUUCCGUCCCGCGGCGAGCCCCGUCGUCACCGAGAAGAUGAAGGACGGGCGGACGAGGGUCCGUGGUGCGAUGCCGAGUUUCCAGUGA